CUCGGCGCGAGAAAAUGGUCUUAAAACGUGGAUUGUGGAUUGUAUUGUAUCAACUACAUUGACCGUGAGUUCGUCUUGAAACACUGAACGCUCGGAUCAUCUUCCAUCUUUUUUCCUUUUGAUGAGAACUGCGAUAGAAAACAAUACAACAGCCCCGAGUCUACUCGAACUUUAUCUAAAUAAACCCUAAUUUGUCAUUUAUUUUCCCUUUUUUGGAAAUUCGCCAGAAUAAUUUGCCUCUCUUCACUUGUCCAAUGGACAGUACAGCUUCAAAAAUGGACGAUGAGACAAUAAUUAGUUCUGCAAACAACUUGUGGCCACUUGCUUUAAAUGCGAGUAACGUAAAUCGGGAAUCUGGCGAACCAAUGGCAAAAAAGACCAAAACUAGCACAGCAGAAGACAGCAACGACAUACUUGAUGCUGAUGUAGAACCCGAGCUCGGGAUUACAGAUGAACCAGAACUGCUAGAUAUAUCCGAUGACAUUUUGCGUACCCAAGUCUGUCAGGAAUGUUUCCAGUACCUCUCUGUUGGUCCUAUAACCAUCGAUACUAGAGGAAAAUCAAUUUGCGGAAGAUGCAAUGUCAAUCAAGUUCAGACAAAGUCCUUUUACAACAUACUGGCCCAAGGACUGAAAUUUAAAUGCACUAAUCACAUGAACGGAUGCAACGAGCAGCUGCCUCUAGCGGAAAUGCGAAAUCAUGAAGCCAAUUGUAACUAUGAGCCUAAGUAUUGUUUCUUCUGUUCGUUUUCAGGAAGCCUCGCUCAAAACCUAAACCAUGCCUUGAAGUGCCAUCCAGAGAAUAUCGCCGUUGAUGGAAAAAUAAAAUUUUCCUUAUCCGAAGCUGAAUAUAAGAAAACCCUACUGUAUUUACUCAAUGACAAUUUAUACAUUAUUGUCUUUGAAACUACCAAAGAACUCGUCAAAGUUCUAAUUCAGGUAGAACACCAAAAUUUUAAAGCCAAACAUUUCGGGAUCAAGUUUUUUAAAGCCAAAGAUCCAUCGGAUUGUGUAUUCGCUUUGACUGAUUACGGUUUGCUUCACGAACAUUUCCCCACCUAUUUCGAAAAGGCAAAAGACCACCUCGAAAUGACUUUUGGUCUUGAUAAUAAUUUGUAUUGUCAAGUUUUAGUGGCAGAGUUUGAUUCAGAAGCUAAAGACAUUGAAAUCCAAAAACGCUUCGCUGUUCUGCGCACAGCAGAAAAGAAUUUAGCCCAAGCACAACGUAAAAAGGAACUGUACAGCCCUGCCAUAAAAAUAAUCAAGUUAAUGUCGUCUGCAUUUUUCAAGUGCAGCAGAUGCAAAAAAAACUGUGCUACGGAUAUGUACUACUGUGAAAAUCUUCAUUUUUAUUGUAAAUAUUGUUUGCAGACUAUUUGCAGGCGAUGCCACACUACAAGAGCAUAUAAAAAUUUGAAGGAUUUAGAUUUCGAGGUUGCCUGCGAAUACACCGAUUGUAAUAAAAAUGUUAAAAUUAUGCGGUAUUUGGCUCAUAAAAUACAGUGCCUCAAAAGACCGUACAAAUGUCCUUUGGAGAACUGCAACGAGACAGUUUUCUCUACUCUAAUGCUCAUUCAACAUUGGCACGCUGUUAUGCCAAAACUAUUUUUCCAAAGAGCAUUGGUGCUGGACGAAUUUAAGAUUGAAGAAUUUUUCUGGUUAGCCAAAAACGAUUUGUAUAGGGUUCUUGUACAUUUUACGGAAAAAGAUAUAAAAGUUCUAAUCGAUGGGAUUGAUGUGUUAGAUAAAGAUGCGUCGUUUAAAAUCUACUUGGCUGGCCCUUUGGUUCAAGAUAUUUGUAUAAAUGAUUCUAUAGAUCCUGAUUUAUCCAUGUCGAAUUUUUGUGGGAAACAUGAGGCUCGUGGGAAAAAUAAAAAUUACAACAGACUUACAAUACGAUAUGUUGCAUACAUAAUGUAAAGGCUUCAUAAAUAUUUUCUUGUUCAAUUUAAAACUUAUUUUCUUUAAAUUUAAAAUGCAAAUAUUAAUUUUGUAGUUUGUACUUAUUUAUUUAGCUGACAGUUUGUUUAGCAUUCCCUGAUAUUUUGUAACUUUGAAAAAUGAAUAAAAUUUCCUUGGGCGGAACGUU